AUCAACCUCAUUAACCUUAAUCCUCAUUCUUUAACCCCUUCUUCUCUCCUCUUUUUCUUCACAUGGCUUUCUUCUACUUCUCACAAUUCAAAAUAUUGCCACACACUUCACACUUAUUGCACUAUGGCCUUUUUUCUUUACGCCCACCAAAUGAAUUCACAAGCUUACUCUUUUAUCCACACUAUUGUUUCAAGAAGAGGUAAAGACUCUGCCUUUACUGUUUUUCAAGCAAUCUUGAAAGCUAAAGGUACCAACUUUACAUCUUUUGUGAAUGUUUUAAAUGGACUUAUUGCUGCUUAUUUGGAUUUGGGGUUUGUUUCUGAUGCUAUUCAGUGCUUUAGGCUUAUCCAAAAACAUAAAAUUAGGUUCCCAUUUCAAGGUUGUACUAAGGUUCUUGAAUAUUUAAUGAAGCUUAAUUCACCAAUGGUAGCUUUUGAUUUUUAUAAGGAGAUUUUGGAAUAUGGGUAUCCUCCAAGUUUGUAUUUUUUUAAUGUUUUGAUGAGUAAGUUGUGUAAGGAAGGUAAAAUGGUGGAAGCACGGUCGGUGUUUACGGAGAUGUGGAAGAGGAAUUUGAGACCUAGUGUUGUUAGUUUCAAUAUUUUGAUAAAUGGGUAUUGUAGAUUAGGUGAUAUGGAUGCAGGGUAUAGGUUAAAAAGAGAAAUGGAGGAAAGAGGAAUUUUGCCCGAUGUUUAUACGUAUAGUGCUCUGAUCAAUGGGCUUUGCAAGAACUUUUGGAUGAGCGACGCCAGUGAGUUGUUUAAUGAGAUGUGUAUAAAAGGUUUGAUUCCAAAUGUUGUUAUAUUCACGACUUUGAUUAGUGGACAUUGCAAGGAUGGUAGCAUUGUUUUGGCCAUGGACGCUUAUCAACUGAUGCUGACGCAAGGGGUGGAACCGGAUUUGAUUACAUAUAACACACUUGUCAAUGGACUUUGUAAGAGUGGGGAUUUAGGGGAAGCGAGGAAGCUCAUUCAUGUAAUGAUUGAAAAGGGUUUGAAGCCUGAUAAGAUCACAUACACGACGGUUAUUGGUGGAUGUUGUGCAGAGGGAGAUUUAGAUGGAGCAUUUGAGAUCAAGAAAAUGAUGUUUGAUAAUGACAUUGAACUAGAUGAUGUAGCAUAUACAGCUCUUAUCACAGGUUUGUGUCGGCAAGGACGAAAGGUUGAUGCUGAGAGGAUUUUAACUGAAAUGUUGAAUGCUGGUUUAAAGCCUGAUGACCCUAUUUAUACUAUGGUAAUCGAUGGUUUUUCCAAGAAGGGAGAUGUUAAGAUGGGUUUUAAGUUGCUAAAGCAGAUGCAAAGUAAUGGACAUGCGCCUAAUGUUAUAACUUACAAUGCGCUUUUAAAUGGUCUAUGCAGACAAGGACAGAUGCGAAAUGCUGAAAUGUUAUUACAAGCCAUGCUUAAUCUUGGUUUGAAUCCAGAUGACAUUACCUAUAACAUACUAUUGGAUGGGCAUUGCAAGUAUGGAAAUCCUGAUGAUUUUGGUAAGCUACGUGGUGAAAUGGGGCUUGUUCAUGAUUAUGCUACUUAUACUUCACUAAUUGGUAGCUUAAGUAGGAGCUCGAAACGUCAGGCCAGGAAGUGAUGCAUUUAAUCGGAGAGCCCAAGACUACCAUCUGUAACUGCCUUUUAGUAGGUGGAUUUCAUUCCAUAAGUUAAUUACCCUGUGAAUAAUGUUCAUUGGAGUGAUGCAAGAUGUUGUCCGAAUAGUAUUGAAUGGAUCGGCGGAAGUUUCUCCUGGAUUGUGAAUGAUACUGUAAGAUGGAUUCCAACUAAUGCAAUCUUGGUAUACAUUGAGAUGAUGUUAUAUUUUGAUGGCUUGUGAUGUCCCGUGGUAUCCAGUGUAUUGCCUUUCAUUCUUUGAGGAAUUUUUGAAUUGCAGUCUCAACAUGUCAGUGCGCUUCCCUCGGGACAUGUGAAAAGUGUCUCACAGAUACCUAUUCUUAAACCAGUCCAUCAAAAUUGCAGUGUUCAUACACCAGUGAUGAAAGGCGAUCUGUUUCUCUGCAAUUGAGAAAAUGCCUAAAAAUCUACUGGAGGAAGCAAGUAUAUCUUUUUUCAGCCUCGAGGAUCUAUCAUAAGCCAUGGAAAUUAAAAACAGAACAUGAGUAAGCUUCAGCUGUGUGACAUUCAAUGAUGACCUAUGCCAAGUUCAACAGCUUUGUUGAAAAUGCAAGUUCAGGCUCAGAGAUAGAAACAGAUUUCGGGUAUCCUUGCCUCACUGCUAAACCGAUAAACGUACAGAGACCUGAUCCGAGCUGUCUUUCCAUUUGCAAUGUUAUCUAAAUAUGCACAGGGAAAACAGUUCCAGGUGUUUGUAUUUCAUCAGUUAGUUUAAGUGGGGUUCGGCAGGGCGGCUCUUUGACGCAUAGUAGCUGCAAGAAAAAUAGGGCUGUUUCGAUUUUUGACUGACAAGUGCAGAUGAAACACUUUGAAUAAUAG